CAGAAUAGAAUAAAUAAAAACACCAUAACACGUGUACAGUUACGAGUUACUGUUAGAAUUUUUCUUUCAGGCUUUGAGCUUCGUAGCAUCACAGGAAACCAUCAAAAUCUUCGAAAUUCAUCAGUCAUCGCCAUACUUUUCCUUCUUUAGCAGAAAGGGAUAGUCUUCUUUGAAACAAGAAAUAACAACCCAUGAAUACGCAUCAGGCGAUCAGCAUACAGAAUACACUCCCUGAUGAUAUUGCCCUCAAAAUAGCUUCAUCGCUACAGGUUUCUGAUGUGUGUUCAUUAGGCAGUUGUUCAAGGUUUUGGAGGGAGUUGUGCGGGUCUGACUAUGUGUGGGAGGCUCUAUGCAAGGACAGGUGGCCUGGACAUUUUGUGGAUGAAAAAUCUUCUGCUUCGCAGAGUCAAUCCCAUGAGGUUGAUCAAGAAAUGGAUUCCAAUUCAAAGGGAUGGAGGUGUUUGUACAUAAGCAAGCACAGUGAGAUGUCUGGAAAAGCAGACUUGGUAACAAAUUUUGUGGAAAGAGCUUUAGCUUAUGAAUCAAUUGAGGUUGGGAAUUACUUGAAAGCGAUAGAAUUGCUGAAUUCACUGCAUUUUGGAUUCAAAGAUGUUCAGAUAUUCUUACUCAAACCAAAGCUCAAUGUGCUGCUUAACUUGGUCGGCUUGCACUACUGUGUCGUCUGGCUUGGCAUUCCGGCUGACUACGUCAUAGAAGCACUUAACAGCAGCCGGAUCUCAGAAAGGCAGGUGUGCGUCCAGUGGUGGAAGCUUGGCAGAUGGUUUUAUGGAUUCCGUUUGCGGGAUGAAGUACAUUCCCGUAACGUCUCUCUACGAGAUCUACCUGCAUCUAACGAAGAAGUACUUGGAGUUCUUCAUCGUGGUGCCAUUCACGAAGUUAUUCGUGUUCAAAUUUCUGCUGCUAAGCCCUGUGGGUCAUCCUGGUCUCACCAAGUUGCUUAAGUGUGCGAAACUGAAAGCUUCAAUAGUUCAACUAUGUAAAUACAUCUGUGGGGGUGUUCUUGGAUUUGUAUAUCUUGCAAGAGAAUCAGAUGUGAGGAGGCAUUAAUGUAUCUAUAUGUAAUGUUGGCCUGUAAAUAGGUCUUUGUACAGCUUUAAAUCUAUGUUACUCAGUUAUUCACAUGUGCAAUUUGAUUC